CCCAGGCCUCGCUGUCGCCGCGGACGCCGUUCUCGGGCUCCGAGUCGCCAUUUUGCUCCUGGACAGGCUGCCUGGUGACCGGCGCUCUCCUCCUUCGGCAGCGGAAGCUGCGGCGGGGCCGGGGCUGGGGUCGGGGCCAGGAUACUCGCCCCAGAGUGGAAGGAGGAGGAACAUGUGGAUGACUCUGAAGGCCUCUAGGCCAGGGUCUUUCUGUGUGCCUUGCUGCUGGUCAGUUAUGUGGCUGAGUCACUUUCCUUCAAGAUUAUUGUAAUCUGCUCAACCUUGUGUUCCAGUUGAGGAAAGUGCCGAUGACCUGGUCAGGCUUAGACAGGACCCAGGACAGCUGCAAGGCCGAGGAGGGGGUUUGUGGUAAACAGGAGGAAUUUUGUUGUCAGAAACUAAAAGGAGGUUGUCGUAAUUGACUUUAAGCAGCAAACAGUAAAACACUGAGCUCUUCAGCUCCACCUUUCUUGCGCUGAGAAUUGGAAAACCAAGAAGGUUUUGAUGUUUUGUGUGGCGCCACCUGAAUCAGAAGCCAAGAUGAACAUAACCAAAGGGGGCCUGGUGUUGUUUUCAGCAAAUUCGAAUUCAUCGUGUAUGGAGCUUUCAAAGAAGAUCGCUGAGCGGCUGGGGGUGGAGAUGGGCAAGGUGCAGGUUUAUCAGGAGCCUGACCGAGAAACAAGAGUACAAAUUCAAGAAUCUGUGAGGGGAAAAGAUGUUUUCAUCAUUCAGACUGUUUCAAAGGAUGUGAAUACCACCAUCAUGGAGCUUCUGAUCAUGGUGUACGCCUGUAAGACCUCCUGUGCCAAGAGCAUCAUCGGCGUGGUCCCCUACUUCCCCUACAGCAAGCAGUGCAAGAUGAGAAAGAGGGGCUCCAUCGUUUCCAAGCUGCUAGCCUCCAUGAUGUGCAAAGCUGGUCUGACUCACCUCAUUACUAUGGAUUUACACCAGAAGGAAAUCCAGGGCUUCUUCAAUAUUCCUGUUGACAACUUGAGAGCAUCUCCCUUCCUCUUACAAUACAUUCAGGAGGAGAUCCCAGACUACAGGAACGCAGUCAUCGUGGCCAAGUCUCCGGCCUCAGCCAAGAGGGCCCAGUCUUUCGCUGAGCGCCUGCGACUGGGCAUCGCGGUGAUUCACGGGGAAGCACAGGACGCAGAGUCCGACCUGGUGGACGGGCGGCACUCCCCGCCCAUGGUCAGGAGCGCAGCCGCCAUCCACCCCAGCCUGGAGAUCCCCAUGCUGAUUCCUAAAGAAAAGCCCCCAAUCACAGUUGUUGGUGACGUGGGAGGAAGGAUCGCCAUCAUUGUGGAUGACAUCAUCGAUGAUGUAGAUAGCUUCCUGGCCGCCGCGGAGACCCUAAAGGAGAGGGGUGCAUAUAAGAUCUUUGUGAUGGCGACCCACGGCCUGCUGUCCUCUGAUGCCCCCCGACUGAUCGAGGAGUCCGCCAUCGAUGAGGUGGUGGUUACCAAUACAAUUCCACAUGAAAUCCAGAAGCUCCAGUGCCCCAAAAUCAAAACUGUGGAUAUCAGCAUGACCCUCUCGGAAGCCAUCCGUCGGAUUCACAAUGGGCCCUGCACGUUCAUGACGCAUAGUCACUUGACUGCAGCAGGAGAGGAGUUGGGACACCAGCAUGAGCCACUGGGGUCAGAGUUUUAUGGAAGUGUGUGAUGACUCACUAGCUGACCACUAAGCUGACUGUCCAGAGAUUUCAGUUGCCACAAACAAUGAAGAAUGCAGACUUUACAGAAUCAGUUGAGAAAAGCAGACAGACCCUGUGGAUGGAGAAGACGCUGAUUUCCAUCACAUAAUAUUAGAAAUAGCAGUUUUCAACAACAAAAAGUUCCGAGGUGUCUAAAGAAACAAGGUUGCACCCAUAUACAGGGUCUUCCUUGAGGAAGCUCAGACUUUAAAUGUACUAGACAAAGACUUUAAAUAAUUUAUUUUAAACAUGCUCAAAAAACUAAAGGAAAGUAUAGGAAUUAUAUGUCACCGAAUGGAGGAUAUCAAUAAAGAGGAAUAAUAAAAAUGAAUCAAAUGGGGAGGAUUUGUGGAAGAUGGUGGAAUAGGAAGCACCAGGAAUCUGUCUCCAUCUAAACAGUGGCAAAUCCAUCUAAUGAUUUUGGAACUCUGGAGUCUUGAAGGUUUGCAACUUCCAGGGAAAGUGUUAGAUGGUAAAUGUAGCUACCUUUUGUCAAAUCCAGCUCUUUGUAAAGUUGCUGAUACCCGACCCAGACUCCCAACCCUGCAGCAGGCAGCUCUGCAUACAUUCCUGGAGCAAUCUGCACAGUUUUGUGGGAGCCAGGAUAGGCAAGAAGUCCCCUCCUCCAGACAGCAGAAAUCUGUGCUCUGAUAGCAAGUAGCUACUUCUUGGCACAGAGAUCCAAAGAGGCUGGUAACCAUUGUUACUUCACCCUGCCCCACACCCCUACCAUUGUUGCAAGCUCCACCCUGCUCCCGCUGAAGAAGGGGUAGUUCCUAACUCACUCUAUGAGGCCAGCAUUACCCUAGGACAAAAACCAGACAAAGAUAUUACAAGAAAAGUAAACCAAAGUCCAAGAUCUCAAGAACAUAGGUGCAAAAAUCCUCAACAAAAUAUUAGCAAAUUCAUUCCAACAAUGUAUAAAAAGAAUUAUGCACAACCUAGUGGAUUUAUCCCAGAUAUGCAAGACUUUUCUCAGCAGUUGAAAAUCACUUCAUGUAAUCCAUCAUACCAACAGACUAAAGAAAAAUAAUGAUUAUAUCAAUGCAGAAAAAGCACCUGACAAAAUUCAACAUCCAUUCAUGACAAAAGCUGAGUAAAAUAAGAAUAGAGAGGGAACUUGAUCUUGUUGAAGAAUAUCUACUGACAGCCUACAGUGAAUAUCAUACUUAGUGGUGAGAAACUAGAAGCUUUCCCACUAAGAUCAGGAAUAAGCCAAGAAUGUCCCCUCUCAUCACUUGUUUUCAAUAUUUUGAAAACUUCAAAAUAUUCAAUAGCUAUUGAAUAGCUUAUUCAAUAGCUUAUUUCAAUAAGCUGAUGCAAUAAGGCAAGAAGGGUUUAAAAGGUACACAAAUGGGGAACGAAGAAAUAAAACUGUUUUGUUCUCAGAUGAUAUGAUCACCUAUGUAGAAAAUAUGAAUCAAGAACAACUCUCCCAACUCAUUACUAAUAAGUGAUUAUAUCAAGAUUGUAGGAUAAAAGUCAAUUGCUUUCCUGUAUACCAGCAAAGAACAAGUGGAAUUUAAAAGUAAAAAUACAAAACCGUAUACACUAUCACCACAAAAAUGACGUAUUAAGUAUAAAUCUAACUAAAUAGGCAUAAAAUCUAUGUAAGGGAAACUACAAAAUGGAUGAAAUAAAUUUUUAAAAACUAAAUGGAGAAAUAGCCUACGUUCAUGGAUAGGAAGACUUGUCAACAUGUCAGUGCUUUCCAAUUUGGUCUAAAGAUUCAAUGAAAUUUCAAUAAAGAUUCCACGAGAUUAUUUUGUGGAUUUUGUCAAACUGAUUCUAAAGUUUACAUGGAGAGAUAGAAGACUCAGAAUAGCCAAGGCAGUAAUUGAAGGAAAAGAACAUAUUCACACUACCUCUCUUCAAGCCAUCUGUAAAGUUACCAUAAUCAGGAGUGUGGUGGGACUUCCCAGGUGGGCCAGUGGUUUAAGACUCUGCAUGUCCACUUCAGAGUUUGGUUUGACCCCUGGUCAGGGAACUAAGAUCCCACAUGCCCUAUGGCAAAGCCAAAAACAACAAAAAAAUAUUGUUGAAAGAAAAGACGGAUCAGUUGAACAGAAUAGAGAAUGCUCAUAAACAGACCCACAUAAAUAUAGUUAACCAAUGUUUACAAAGGAGCAAAGGCAACACAGUGGACCAAAAAUAUUCUUUUCAACAAACAGGGCUUAAAUAACUGGAUGACAGUGUGAAAGUGUUAGUCACUCAGUCAUGUCCAGCUUUUUGC